GAUACACACGCAUUAACACGUAUGUAACAGUUUUAUUGCCUCGUAAAUAAUUUGUAAGGUUUGCAAACUACCCCAUCGCUUUUGUUGGUCUGAGAUUUAUAAUGGAAUAAUAUAGAUUUUCCGUAACAAUUCUUGCGUGAGUGUGAGAGUCCGAAAGCGCGAGCGUCGCGCCAGGCGCGUGAGAACUGGCAGCCCUGGCAUUUCCCCCACGUCCAAACCGGUCAGAACUGUUCAGAAACGCCGCCUCACUUCCCCCCAGGCCACCCUACAGACUGCGGGCCAAGUUUUCGUCGCGUGAUGACGCUAAACCACUUAUUGUAUAAACGGGGAAAACACUCUUUUUUAUUCGUUUCGCGCAAAUUAACAAUUUUUAUGUCAUUAAGUAAUUUGUCGGUAUCGGCACCUCUUUCCAUGUUUCCAUUUGGCUCACUGUAAAUGGCCUGAUACAGACAGACGGGCAGCGUCUCACCGCGAGGAUGGACGUGCUCACUUUAUUCCCAAUGUUUUUUUCCGGGGGUCGUCAUAGCAGAGACGAUCGAGGGCGAGACACGCGAAACCCGUCCAGAGCAUUCCUCACUACCCAGAGCAUGCAAUCGGAUUUAAAUACGUCACACGUAGGUAUCGUCAACACGAGCGACUGCAUUUCUGUACGUUGCGUGUUGCAUGACUGUACAACUUCACUAAGAUGUUCACAUGAAAAAUAGCAUAAUACAAGAUUUAGUUGACAUGACAAGCAUUAUCUUUUCUUUGUCUGGUUGUUUGCAUGACCGAGAAUCAUAAUGAAUAAAAGUAGAAUAAACACAAUCAUCUAUUUAUAUAGAUUUGUAAUCCACUAAUGAUGAAGACGUACGAAACUACAAAGCUUCAGUUGGCUUAAUUUGUGAAUUUUGUGUGGUGUCUGAAUUUGGCUUUACCGGAAACCCUCUUUUGAUUGUGUAACACAUGAUGACACUGAAGAUGGUGGUGAUGAUGACUGUGCGUCCUAAGACCAGAGGUCCUUUGUUGAUGGAGAUGUGGGAUCAACUUCAGGGAGCUUGAAAGGGAAGCAAGCAAGAAGCCCCUGGGGAACUUUCUUCUAAAAUACCCAGAAAGGGCCAGAAGGGUGGAUAACAGCCAAAACCUUCUGACAAAGACAGUGAUGGAGAACGACACAGUGAGAGAUGAUCAAAGGUAUGAGGACACCAUGGUCACUCACUCCAUGAGCCCUGGGGAGAAUACGAAGCCCCAAGACCAGCCAUGGAGACCAAAGAACCGCGAGGAGAGCACUGAGCAUCAGGACCAGCCAGGGAGAGCCCGGAGCCCCAAGAACAGCCGGGGAGAGCAUGCAGUCCUAGGAGCCCUGGGGAGGGCAAGGAGCCCCAGGACCAGCUGCGGAAAGCAUGGAGCCCCAGGACCAGCCGGGGAGAGCACGGAGCCCCGAGGAGAACAUGGAGCCCCAGGACCAGCUGGGGAGAGCGCGGAGCCCCGAGGAGAACAUGGAGCCCCAGGACCAGCUGGGGAGAGCGCGGAGCCCCGAGGAGAACAUGGAGCCCCAGGACCAGCUGGGGAGAGCGCGGAGCCCCGAGGAGAACAUGGAGCCCCAGGACCAGCUGGGGAGAGCGCGGAGCCCCAAGGAGAACAUGGAGCCCCAGGACCAGCUGGGGAGAGCGCGGAGCCCCGAGGAGAACAUGGAGCCCCAGGACCAGCUGGGGAGAGUGCGGAGCCCCGAGGAGAACAUGGAGCCCCAGGACCAGCUGGGGAGAGCGCGGAGCCCCGAGGAGAACAUGGAGCCCCAGGACCAGCUGGGGAGAGCACGGAGCCCCGAGGAGAACAUGGAGCCCCAGGAUUAGCUGGGGAGAACCCAGAGCCCCAGGACCAGCCAGAAAGAGCACAUAGCCCCAGGAUCAGCCACAGAAAGCAUGGAGCCCCAGGACCAGCUGGGGAGAGCAUGAGCCUGAGGACCAACCAGGGUGCGAGCAGUGACCCUUGUUCAUUACGUUGGCAGGCGUUCACUCCGUGAAUACUUUCGACUUUAAUUAGGUACAGAUAACAGGUUAUAGUAGACUUUUUUUUUUGCUUAAUUUUGAAAAUUCAAUGUUUUUGCAGUACUAUUAUAUUGCUAAAACACACAACUGAGUCUGUUGUUUGAUUGUCUGGCUGUCUGAAAAAUAAAUGGUAAUGAUAGGGCACAUGUCCCAUGAUGCUAAAGCAGGCACAUACUCUAAGUGCAUUUCAUUAAACCUCUGCGUGACUGUAUUUCGGAACGCUCCACUUAUCCACUUAGCCAGCAUUUGUCUUCGAAGUUUUUGUUGCGUGAUGCUGCUAAGGUAUUUAUAAUCUAAGCAGGGAAGACACUCAUCUGAAUUUGAUUUGCACAAAUAAGUCAUGUUUAUGUCAAAGUAAUUUGUCUAAUAAUUGUUCCUAAGCAUCCCAGCACUGGUUCAGUUUAAGUGGCCUGAUACAGACAGACUGGCCUAUAUUACAGAAACGGAGGUUUUACCUGUCAACAUGCACUAUGUUCAUAUGAUUAUGCGACUGCUUUGGGGCUUCGGAAUGACAUUCAGAACAUUAUGUAGCUGCCAAAUAGUAAGCUUUUACUUCUGUUUAU